AAAAACGUCACUGAUGUGUCAAAAUCAGAAUUAUCAAAAAUAAAGAGAAAAACUUCGACUUUACUAAAAUACGAAAACAAAAUUACAAAGAAAAAAUGAUAGUUUCUACUUAUUAAUUCCUGCAAAAGUGAAACAAAAGAAACCAAAACUCAUAGUUUAAUAUUGAAACGAAAAUUGUAUCAAAACCUUUAAAAUACAUAUAUAAAAUUCACAAUGAAACAUUCAACAUCUCCCACACCAUCAUUGGCUCCUUCUUAUGCCAGUGGCACAGGAAGCUACUAUUCCCGUGGAACAUCACCCUUGCCACCGCCAGCAAAUCAUAGUCGUGAUUGUCUCUCGGCCACAUCAAAGAGCUACAAAUAUCUACGGAGAUUAUUGAAAUUCAAUCAAAUGGAUUUCGAAUUUGCUCUCUGGCAAAUGAUCUACCUACUUAUUGCACCACAGAAAGUCUAUAGGAAUUUUAACUAUAGAAAACAGACGAAAUCCCAAUUUGCAAGAGACGAUCCAGCUUUUCUGGUUCUUCUUUUAAUUUGUGUGUGUGUGACAUCCCUUGGAUUUGCUUACGUUCUCGGUUUAAGCUUCUGGCAAAGCAUAUCGUUCAUAUUCUAUGUUGUUUUUGUUGAUUGUAUCUUUGCCGGGUGUUUGGUUGCAACGUUCUACUGGAUUGUGACCAACAGAUACAUGCGUUCCAGUAAUCUCGAACCAGACAUCGAAUGGGGCUAUGCCUUCGAUGUCCAUUUGAAUGCCUUCUUUCCGCCCCUCAUGCUAUUGCACUUUAUCCAGUUGUUCUUUUACAAUUGGCUCAUCAGUCAGACGUGGUUCAUUUCGAGAUUCAUUGGAAAUACAUUCUGGUUGUUGGCCUUUUGUUAUUAUGUCUACAUUACCUUCUUGGGGUACAAUUGUAUACCUCAUCUGAAGAACACUCGGUUGCUCUUAAUUCCCCUUCCCAUUGUGUUUUUGUUCUAUUUGAUGACGAUGAUAAUUGGAUGGAAUGUAACAGUAUCGUUUAUAAUGUUCUAUAAAUAUAGGUUGUACUGAUUUGGAAGGAAUUUAAUAAGUUGUAAAUAGAAAACCGAGUUUUCUCACGAAAUAAUAAUUAAAAAAUAAAAUAAAACACUUAAAUAAUUAACAAGAUAAAUAA